UGGCGCUAGUGGCAAAGUUUAGGAAUGAUAGAAAGGCUGUUGAGCUGCAAUGCUACUGCUUUGCGGAUUACAGUAACAUUUACACGUUGUUUUCUGUAAGCACCCAUCUCCACUGCUUGGAUUCAGCAGGAUCUAACUAAAGGUACGCAAUCCUGAGACAUGUCGGAGGACCUGAGCUCUCAACCCUGGUCCAUCAACAGGGAUGACUAUGAGCUGCAGGAGGUGAUCGGAAGCGGAGCUACGGCUGUGGUCCAGGCUGCCUACUGUGUGCCCAGGAAGGAGAAGGUCGCCAUUAAACGCAUCAAUCUGGAAAAAUGCCAGACCAGCAUGGACGAGCUCCUGAAAGAGAUUCAGGGGAUGAGCCAGUGUCACCAUCCCAACAUUGUGUCGUACUACACCUCGUUCGUGGUGAAAGAUGAGCUGUGGUUGGUCAUGAAGCUGCUCAGUGGUG